AUGUCUGGCUGGGAUGAUGGUCCGGUUCAGGUCGAUGAAGGGGAAUGGGUCCCCCCACCAAUGCCUGUAGCCACAGGUCUAACCACGAACAACAUCUCCUCUGGUGACAACUUCUUUGAAGAUGGAGCUGACGGUGGUGAUCGCCCUCGUGGUGCUCCUGGCGCCUGCCGUAGGUGCAACGAGGAAGGUCACUUCGCUGCUGAAUGUCCGAAUCAGAAGUGUAGCUGUUGUGGCCAAAAAGGCCACUCUGCUAGCAAGUGCCCUACUCCCAAGUGCAACAUUUGCAACACCGAGGGUCAUAUUCCUUUUGAAUGCCCCCAGAAGGAUAAUCAAGCCUGCCGACACUGCGGCGAGACCGGCCACAUGGUCAAAGAAUGCCCCAUCAGAGCAAAUGAGCCAUGCCGUAACUGCCAACAACUUGGUCACCGUGCUGCCGAGUGCACGAAUCAACGCAAGAUGCAAUUCGGUGGAGCUGAUCUUGAAGGCGAAGUCGAGGACAAAGAUCAAAAGAUCGAGGCUUGUUGGAAUAACAUGGAUCAGGCUUCGAAGGAUCGAGAUCUCGAUGCUUUCAAAGAUGCAUUCUUCAAAUACGUUGCUCUUUGCCCAGAUUCCACUUUUCCGACCCUCCAAAACGCCUUUAAGGAGGAAGGAAAAUUUGCUUAUGGCUUAGUUGCUAUUAAAAAAGAUAUCACUGGUACCCAAGUUAUCGUCGAUCUUCAAGGUAACAUGAACAAGAAGUUCGUCGUUACUUUUCAGACAUCGGUCAAAGGUCGACGAACGAAAGGUGCUGCCAAGGACCCGGAAAGGUUCCCCGUCGAUGAUAACGACAACAUGUCUCGCUUGGAAAACGCUGGAUUCGUCCAGGAGUCCUAUGUCCCAUGGUGCUAUAACUGCAAAGAAACCGGUCACGUUUCUCGAGCGUGCCCUCAAGAACGUCAAGCCAGGGAUCCUUCCGACAUCCCUUCCAUCAAAUGUGUCAACUGUGAUCAGGAAGGGCACCGUGCUCGUGAUUGCCCUGAGGAACGUAAGCAGCGAAGAAAUCCGAACGCUUGCCGCAACUGUGGUGAAGAGGGUCACGAAGCCAAGGAAUGUGAGAAACCUCGUGAUGCUUCUAACGUUCAAUGCCGCAAGUGCGAAAAAAUGGGACAUUUCUCCAAAGACUGUCCCGAUGCUCCCAAGAUGACCUGCCGUAAUUGCGAUCAAGAAGGACACCGCGCCGCUGAAUGCCCUGAGCCAAAGAAGGGUAUGACCUGCAACAACUGCGGAGAGGAAGGUCACCGACGUGUCGAUUGUACCAAUCCUCGCAAGAUCAUUUGCAACAACUGCGACGAGGAAGGUCACGUUGGACGCGAUUGCCCCAAGCCUAGAGAUCCAGCUCGAGUCAAAUGUCGCAACUGCGAUGAGAUGGGUCACAGUGCUAAGGAGUGCCCGAAGCCUCGUGAUAUGUCACGUAUCAAAUGUAAUGAGUGUGGGGAAAUGGGCCAUUGGUCUCGAAACUGCACAAACAAGGGUGCCGGUGGUGAUGAUGACGGCUUCAAUGCUACUUCUGGCGGUGGUGCUGACUACGGCAGCGCUCCCGCUGUCGACACCACCCAACAACUCUGGAAGCAGGACGAGCCUGAAGUCUCUUCUGGCGGUGGCGGCUGGUAG